AUUGUGUGUGUUUUCUGGGAUAUUUAUUGUAAACAAAUACUUGGACAUACAAAUUUCAAUUGAUUUUAGAUUGUAUAAUCUUGUUUGUUGAUUUGAAUUAUCAAAAUGGCGACAUCUGCAUUUUCUAGAAAUUUUGAUUUGGUUAAAUAUUAUUGUUGUACAAUCUGCGAGAAAAAACGGUCUGUAGAAAUAGAUGCAGAAUUUUACUGUAAAAAAUGUUGCAAGUAUUACUGCAAACCAUGUAUUCACUCUCAUAGACAGCAUGGUUGGUGGUUUAAUAAAAAAUCUCCUUAUGGAAAGGAUAAAAUUAUGAAGUGGCCACGUUCUAAGAAAAUGGAGAAUUAUCUCAUAACAUGCAACAUACACAAGAAUGAAACAAUAACAGCAUUGUGCAAUGGCCAUAGUGAGCUGUGCUGCUCCAGAUGUGUUGAGCUUAAUCACAGGGGCCUCAUCCUCACUAGUUCAUGCCCAAAGAACGAUGUUCCCAAACUCCAACACAGCCACUACAUCUCAACAGGACAUGUCGAUGGAGAGGGCUCCCUUCCCAGAAAACCUCACCGAGCUAAUGAACAGUGCCACUGCGCCAAACGUGACCCUUCAGAAAAAAAGGAUUCUGGGCCCUAUAUAACCUUAGUACCAAUCCAAGCUCCCACAGCAGCCAUCCAGCCAGAGCCUUGUGAGCUUAGGGGUAGGGGUCAUGAGGCCCAUGGGCUUGUAACUCUCCCCGGGCUUCUCGAAGUAGCAGUGGAAAAAAAAGUUGGUCUUAUUAGGGGCUGGAGGGGGUCUCCCAUUACAGCAACCGUCACAGAUCAUUGUCUGGUGGCACUCGGCUUCAGACGUCGCCCAAUUAGGGCUUCACGUUCAAUGUAUCCUAGCAACAGCAGCAACAGUCGGCUCAGCCGUCUACAAUGUUUGGACAACAACCUUCUUGCAGCAGUUUAUUACAACGCCCAGCUCAGUUGUGGGUCAACCUGCUCUUUCAAGAGCCCAUUUGGCUCUCAGGGCCGUGGCUGUGACCCUCUUCUCAUCUUGCCCAGCGCCAUGUGUUUCCCUGGUCUACAGCACCGUAUCUAUGGCAACAAAAUUCGCUACAGAAUCCUUGACAUCAACCCAGUACUCCCUUUGGGGUAAAGCAAUGUGCCCCUAGAUACAAACAUCGUCACAGAUCUCUCUCCAAUGGCUUGAAGCUGUACACAUCACCAAACACCGCUUCAUAUUUAGCUACCAGCAGUAUCCAUGCAACAGACCCAGUAUUGCCCAGCAACAGCUACACCAGAAGCAGUAGUCAAGUAAGCCGUCAACCAUGUUUGGGCAGCCUAGGUGCAGUAGUUUGUGGAAACGUCAGCUCAGUUGACCCACACCUCUCAGAGCAAAUCAGUGGGCUUUGAUGUUGCAGCACAACAACUCAAAGAGAUCCAUGCGAGGUCAGCCCUCACAACAGUGCCAUACCAUGACGUCCUCCAACUCGCCCCAGUACUCACCUUGGUGUCAGGGAAAAAUUCAAGGUCACAUGGGCCUUGGUGGCCUUUGCAAGAUUGGCAUGUUGAACUGGAGUGAUGGGACAUCUUCCAUUUCAAUUAAGAUCUUGUUGCAAUUAUUUUCUCUUUAAUAAGUCAAUAUGACAUGCUUGUAUGUUUAUUGUAUCGCUUGAUCAAGACUAGCCGAAAACCAUUUUGCCUAUAAUCACGAAUUGACUUUUUAAAGCACGAAACAUGUACUGUAGAUCUACAGCUCUCGAACGUCUUUUAUCAAUGUAAACAAGCGAGGGAAGAGUGUAAGUUACAACGGUUGAACUCAAUUUGCUUGAUAACGUCUCAUGUCAUUUAGAUGAUUUUUUCACCAUAAUAUUUAAUCCUAUAAUUGCUACAAUUUUUGUUUCGCCUAUAUUGUUUUCACACGACUCAUUGUAUCAGAUAUUCAGCUGUGCAAAAAUCGCUAACAAGAAAACUUUAAAAAAGAUUUAUACAAUGUAUCUUAUUUAAGUUUCGCCCAUAAGAAUAACUUUAGGCUGUUCUGUCAAUCAGAUCGCGACUUUCAUUCAUAAAAUGCCGGAUUAUUACGCAGGUGGAAAAUGUAUCCGCAUGUUUUGUUUAGUUACAUCGCGUGCUUUCGGUGUUUAAGCUCCGCCAAUAAUUAUUGCAGAAUAAUCCAUAGACGAUUUUCUUCUUUGUUUACCGGUAUAUGAAAUUUGGCACGUGCCGUGUUAGAAUAUUAAAUAUUUACACAAUUUCACCAUAUUUUAAUAGCUGUAUACAUGUUCAAAACGCUGAUAAUAGACACAAAAUCUAUGUUGUCAUCAUUUGAAGGAGGAUUGUUUGAAAUGAAUAAAAUUUGAAAGGUUAUUUUUACUUUAAUUGCUAUGGUUUGUUUAAUGAUAUGAGAAGACUAUAAUUAUGUGGAAUACUUUCAAUUUAUUCAUUUAUCAGGAUGAGAUUAUUUGUGAGUAAUGACCAUCCUUAUAAUUGUUAAAAGCUUAUGAGAGAUCACACACUUAUUACUAACAUGCUCAUCGUUAGUGUUGACGAUUGUAUUCGGACACAAUAGUUAAUGAUACUUUGUAUACACUGUGCAGGCUCGUAUAGAAACAAGAUUUUAAUGUGUGUAAAUGAGUGACCGUAUAACUUGACCAAGAUUUUUAAGUCACUAUAGUGUACAGGUAUAUAUAUUUUUACAUUAUGCUAUUGUUUAUAUAUAGCUUAACACAUCCAUAGCCGGUGUAAAUUAUUUAUAAUUUGUGUUUUAUUUCAAUUUGAUGAACACACUUUUUGAUGUUUUACGUGCAUCUUUUUGUUGCAAGACAAUAAAAAUAACCUUGUUUGUGUGAAUGCUCAUAUGUAACUUGUAAGAUUGUAGAGCUAUAUCAAAAUAAAAUAUCUUGAAGACAAAAAUAUAUAAAGUUAUAGAAACACAUUGUUUUAUACGAUACGUUUUACACAUCCAAUAAAAAUCUAAGCAUAUACCGACAAUAUUUUUAAUUAUGUAGGAAAUCAUGUCAAAAAAUAUUAAUAUGUGGAAAUUUGGAAAACAAUUUCAUAUCAAGGGAGAGCAAUGUGAUACGCUUGAAAUUGUCAAUAACUGCAAUUUUAAUUAAUGCUUAUUUGUUAUUUUAGGUUCAAUUGAAUUCUCAAUGCAUGCACUGCACAAUAUGUCACUUCAAGAUAUUCAUGCACUUUAACAAUAAUAUUAUACUUGCUAAUUAUUUUAUACUUGACAUAUAACUGACGCUUUCAUUUACACAUAUCUUAAAGCCAGACUUCCCCAUAAAAUAUGAUUUUUUGUAUUCAAACUGGAAGCAUACAAGUGUACAAAUUAUGAGUAUUGGGCUAUAUUGGUAUGAUUCAUUACUCAUAAAUUCAUUUGUUCGUCCAACACCAACGUGACAUUUUGCUAUGGUAAGGCUCUGUUGUAUAAAGUGAAUUGUAUGAAAAUAGCUCCAAGGCCUUUAUGAAGAACUUGUGUAAAACAUCAUGAUCAUUGGCUUAUCAAUUGAUUGCAUCAUUUUG